CUACCGGGCGGUGUUUUUGGUAGAAAAACCAGUUGGUCACACUACAAACCCCAAACUUGGGGAAAAAUAUCGCUAUUCGUGGCUUGUGUUGUAUUGUAGAUUCGCAAUUGCAGCUUCGCUUCGACUGCAGACCCAGUUUUAGAUCGAACGCGACUAUAAACAAGGUGCGACUAUAUCUCUGGCGGUGGCUCCAAUUUUUCCCGCCGUGCUGCCCCUUAAAAGUUUUGGAUCUUGCUGGCGUUUCGGGUUUCCAAUAUCGGACCUCUGAUUUCCGAUUUCUUCUGCUGACGGAUCGCCAAAUUGGUUCUUCAGGCAGUGUUGGCACCAUCAUCGGCGGCGAAUUCUAGCGGGGAUUGCGAGGAAAGCGGCGGAAUCCAGGAGGUUCUCCGCCGAAGGCAUCCAUGGAACUCCAGCUGAAAGUUGGCCAUCCAUCCUAGCAACCUGCCAUAACGGCUGUGGAGGAUAAGGCAGAAGGAUAAGGGUAAGAUCCUCCAUUCAACUGUGUCGGGGUUCGAAGAAGCGCCAAGGAACACCUAGAAAUGUAGCAGAACCUCGAGGAGCAACCACUGAAGGGACUCACAAGAAACUCCUACUCCUAACUAAGCAAAAAGCCAAGGAAGCACCCAUAAAACUAGCCGAAUCUUAAGGAAGGAUCAGGAAUUUAACUGGAGGGCAUGAAGGAGCAGCUGCAUUAGCUCCCUCUCGUUCUCUGCCAAAAACUGCUGCUACAGGAGGAGCAACAAGGACCUCAAGGACCGGAGGCACCAGUUACCACCAAUCCGCCGAUGGCUCUGGCCAGCGGAGGAGACGACAGAAUGGACGACAGCAGCAGCGGACGCACUUCGCUGGCGGACAGCGCCAGUCUGACCAACUCCUCCAUGCGCAGCGGCGCCUCGUCGCAAAGCAUGCACGCCAUCGAUGGCACCAUCCGGGUGUUCAACUACAUGACCAACGACUAUGAGCGCUUCUUUGCCACGAUGCUGUGCGAGGAGAUCUGCAACGCGAUGUGCCGCGUCCUGGGCAUUGCCCCGAAUGCCCAGCUCCUCUAUGGGAUACGGGAGCACGCCACCUCGCGUCGCUCCUCGCCGCUGGUGCGGCUGGAUCUCACGUGGUCGCUGCCCGGCGAGCGACUCAGCUGCCAGUUGAUCUACUGCUUCCGGAUGCGAUUCCGGGUGCCCGAAUUGGACAGCCAGCUAGAGCAGAUCGAUGGACGGAGCCACAAGUUCCUCUACGCCCAGAUGCGCUACGACAUGCGCAACGAACAAAUCCCGGAGAUACGCUAUCCAGAGCACAAGGACGACACCACGGGCCUGGCCGUGAUGGACAUGCUGAUCGACGACCAGGAGCAGACGCCCGACCAGCAGGCGGUGCGCUCCAUCGAGAAGUUAUACAAGAUGUAUUUGCCACCGAGCCUGUGGCGGGCGCACAGCUUCUUCGUGGGCUCCAAGAUCCGCGAGGUGUUCCGCAACCUGAAGGCCAACUCGCCGAAUGUGGAACGCCUCAAGUGGCACUAUGUCCACCAGAUUGCCCACCUGGCGCCCACCUACAUGACCGAGCAGUUCACCUGCACCGUUCAGUAUCUGCCCAACGAGGAGAUGCCGCGCGGCGGCGGCGGGCCCAUCGGCACCAGUCUGGCCCACUCGGUCAGUAACUCCACGUCGACGCUGGCCACCUCCGGAUCCACCAACACGCUCUCCACGCUCACCGGCAAUCCCAGCCAGGGCGCCAGUGGCGGCGGCAGCGGCAAGAAGGGCAAACGGCGAUCCACCAGCACCGGCAUCGAUGUCUACGUGCGGGUCUUCCCGCACGACUCCCUGGAGCCGGGUCUCAAGGUGGCCAGGGUCACCUCGGAGGCCACACUCAAGUGGAUUCUGGUGGGCGGCGUGGAAGGCAUAUUCAUGAUCUCCAAAAUCAACGACACCGAUGUAAGGCUGGAAAUCGUGGGCCUGCCCAAAGGCUACGAAAUGCACUUCCAGACGGAAAAGGAAAUGAAGUCCUUCAUCUCCUAUCUGGGUAUCUAUAUCAGAUUGUCCUGCAAGUGGAUGCAAGACCUGUGCCAUUCCUACCGCACGCCCUCCUUGGAGGAGCUGAGCUCCCUCCACUGCCAUGGACCAAUCGGCGGUGCCUAUUCGCUGAUGAAGCUGCACGAAAACGGGGACAAGUGUGGCAGCUACAUUGUGCGCGAGUGCGAUCGCGAAUACAACAUUUACUACAUUGAUAUCAACACCAAAAUCAUAGCCAAAAAAACAGAUCAGGAGCGUUGCAAAACAGAGACAUUUAGGAUCGUGCGCAAGGAAUCGCAGUGGAAGCUGAGCUACAACAAUGCGGAGCAUGUGCUGAACUCGCUGCACGAGGUGGCGCACUUCAUCCAGGCGGACAGUCCCGACCGCUAUCGCAUACCCGCCUCCAAGUACGACAAGCCGCCGCUGCUGCUCCUGCUGCUGCCAAAGAACCUCAAGGCCAAAAAGACUGACCUGCAACUCAGCGAGGCGGAGCUGCAGCGCCGCAAUCCGCAGAUCUUCAAUCCCAAGACUGAUCUGCAAUGGUAUCCAGAUUCGAUUUCGCUGAGCGACGAUGGCAUGAUGUUCACAAUGCGCGGCGAUUGGAUCCAACAGAGUCCCGUCAAGGAUGUCUCGGUGACCAUGAAGAUGCUGAAGAGCGAUGGCAACUUCAUGGAGUUCUUUCGGCUGGCCCAGACCUGGAGCCUCAUCCAAUCGCCGCAGUUUCUCAAGCUCUACGGCCUGACGCUCGCCGAUCCGUACACAAUGGUCAUGGAGUACUCGCGCUAUGGGCCGCUGAACAAGUUCCUGCACUCGGUGCCCCACGUCAGCCUCAACUGUCUGCUCGAUCUGAUGCAUGGACUGGUGCGCGGCAUGCACUAUCUGCAGGACAACAAGAUCAUCCACAACUACAUACGGUGCAGCAAUCUGUACGUGACCAAAUACGAUCCAUCCUCGUUCGUGCUUGAUGCCAAAAUCAGCGAUCCCGGCUAUCCGCGUCCCUACCGAGAAUCCGACUCGCCGUGGAUACCCACCAAGUAUUAUCGCAACCUGCAGGCGGCCAAGCUGGAUCAGACCACUCAACUAUGGGCUUUCGCCACCACCAUAUACGAGAUCUUCUCACGUUGCACGACCGAUCUGCGGACGCUGCGCCAGGAGCAACUGCUGCGGCAGCGGAACAUCGAUGGCAACAUACUCAGAACACUCGAUCCGGACCUGUGUCCCACUCUGAUGUUCGAGACCAUCAUGGACGGCUGGUCGGACGAUGAGGAAAAGCAGUUCAGCCACCACGACAUCUUCUCCCGCCUCAACAGAAUCAAGGAGGAAAUACUGCCCAACUACAUGCCACCGCCCGAGAUCGCAACAAAUGGCACUGGCGAUGAGGAAGUCGAGAUCAGCGGCGACCUGCCCUGCCAUAAUCCCUUCCCCGGAUCGCACAUGCUAAUGGUAAUACCGCUGACCAGCGAGUGCCGGGUGAUCUACAACAUGGCCAACAUGAUCGGCCAGGGCCACUAUGGCACCGUCUACAAGGGCCACCUGGAGUUCAACGACAAGGAUCAGGCGCGGGAGCAGGUGGCCAUUAAGAUGCUGAACACCAUGCAGGUGUCGACCGACUUCCAUCGCGAGAUCGGCAUUAUGCGCACGUUGGAUCACCCCAAUGUGGUCAAGUUUAAGUAUUGGGCGGAGAGGUCGCACUGCAUCAUCAUGGAAUACCUGUCCGGUUCCUUCGAAACGUACCUGCGCUUCGAGGCGCCCAAUCUCAAGGAUCCGCGUCUCGUCGGUUUCGCCCUGGACAUUGCGCAAGGUAUGAAAUAUUUAUCGGGCAUGGGAUUGAUUCAUCGGGACUUGGCCGCCCGAAACAUUCUCGUGGAUCACAAUGGCGAUCGCGAUUGCGUCAAAAUCUCAGACUUCGGCCUGGCGCAAUUCGCCAAUUCCGAUGGAUAUUACUACGCCACGAGCAGAAGAGAUAUUCCCAUUAAGUGGUAUUCCCCGGAGGCCAUCUCCACCUGCAGAUUCUCAUCGUACUCGGACGUUUGGAGCUAUGGCGUGACGCUCUUCGAAAUGUUCUCCCGAGGCGAAGUGCCCAAUCUGGUGCCGAUGCAGACAUCGCAGGAAGACUUCCUCAAUCGCCUCGAGAGCGGCGAACGAUUAAAUCGCCCAACCAGUUGUCCGGACUUUAUGUACGACCUGAUGCUGUUGUGCUGGCAUGCCACGCCCCGUUCGCGGCCCAGUUUCGCCACCAUCGUGGACAUCAUCACACGGGAAAUGGCCACCAAGGUGUCGCAUCCGGCGGAUGGCCACCAGUCGCCGCCAAAUCCGAAUCUGCCGGCGGUGGCCGAGUGAGAGCAGACAACGAGUGUUCCAAACACGACAACAGAAUGAUAUACACAUAUUUAGGCAUAAGUUUUUUUAAGCUGUUAGCAUUUAAACUGUACGUUUUUAAAACAACACAAUCAUACCGCAAAUCACUUGACGUAACUUUCGGCUUGGAGUGCUUUUGGAAGAAUCAACCCAUCAAUACCCCAUCCAUCCAUCCAUCCAUCCAUCUAUCCAUCCAUCCAUCCAUACAUCCAUCCAUCCAUUCAUCCUUCCACCCAUCCAUCUAUCCAUCCAUCGAUCCAUUUUCGGAUUCUUGCGCGACUUCAGUUUUAUUGUUGUGCUAACUAUUGGCGCUCUUUUCUCGUCCCCUCGCCUUUAUAUAUACCAUAUAUAUAUAUAUUUAUAUAUAUAUAUAUAUAUAUGUAUAAACAAUUCUCAACCUUUGUGUUAUACAUUUUAGCCCACUUUGUUAAAUAUUGUUAAGCUAAAGCUUCAAUUUUUUGUAAUGCCCACGCAAAAACACUAAACACUAAACUAAAUAUAAUGUGUAAAUAUUAAUUGAACUAGUUUAGGGUUUCGACAUGAACGGCAACACACGGCAAUUUACACGAAACAGAUCGAAAGGCGGCGGACGGAUCGAAAGGAUCUCGGUUCCGCGGAUCGACUAAUAUUAAUCUACAAAAUCAUGUGCACAUAUAGUCCUAAGGUAUGUCAAUUAAUGUCGAUCAAAUGCCAUUUUAACCUACAAUGCUUCGAAACAGAAACGAAUUAUAUAUUUACAUGCUAUACAAGCCACUAUACAAGCCGGUAUAUGCACAACCACACAACCGCAGGCACAAUAACUUAUUGAUGUUAACAAGAAUGGAUAUUUCCGAAAUAAAUCAAUUUUCUUACGUGUUUAAUAAUGAA